AGUCACGUGACCCCAGGGGGCGACCUGCUGAUCGACUUCAUCACAGACGAACGGGGACAAGAUCACGACCGUCAUCUCGGCGAAUGCGGUUAAAACAACAACAGCAGCAGCAACAACGACAACACACAAACACCGGAGUUUAUUCAAGGAAAACAGGGACAAACAGAAGAGAACAAAGAUGUCUGGCAAGGAGAGGAUCGACGUGUUCCCGUCCAGGAUGGCUCAGACCAUCAUGAAGGCUCGGCUGAAAGGGGCGCAGACCGGCCGCAACCUGCUCAAGAAGAAGUCCGACGCCCUCUCCAUGCGCUUCCGCCAGAUCCUUCGCAAAAUUAUUGAGACUAAGACCAAGAUGGGAGAGGUGAUGCGAGAGGCGGCCUUUUCUUUGGCCGAAGCCAAAUUUGCAGCUGGAGACUUCAGCACCACUGUAAUCCAGAAUGUCAACAAAGCCCAAGUGAAGGUCCGAGCCAAGAAGGACAACGUGGCAGGUGUGACCCUACCAGUGUUUGAGCACUACCAAGAAGGCGGCGACAGUUACGAGCUGACCGGUCUGGCCCGAGGUGGAGAGCAGGUCUCCAGGUUGAAGAGGAACUACGCCAGAGCCGUGGAGCUGCUGGUGGAGCUGGCCUCCUUACAGACAUCCUUUGUCACUCUGGACGAAGCCAUAAAGAUUACCAACCGCCGCGUGAAUGCUAUCGAGCACGUGAUCAUCCCCAGGAUCGACCGCACGCUCACCUACAUCAUCACGGAGCUGGAUGAGAGAGAACGAGAGGAGUUCUACAGGCUGAAAAAGAUCCAAGAGAAGAAGAAGCAGCUCAGGGAACGGACGGAAAAGGAGAUCGCCGCCCGCUUGGCCAAGCUGGGUCCCAUCGCGGAGCCGUCCAACAUGCUGACGGAGGAGACGGACGAAGACAUGCUGUUCGAGUGACGGGCGUCUUCUUCCUCACGCCGACCUCUUCUCGCCCGUCAUCCUAUUUAUACGGUGCCUCUCUGGCCGAGUCUCAUGUCUUCGCGCAAGUGAUGAAAUUGGUUUCACGUGUACUUUUGUCGUCGAUGAUUCGUUCUGUCGUUUCAGCGCUGGAAGGUGUGUGUGUGUGUGUCCGUGUUUGUUUCUCCGGACGAGUCACUGUACAGAACCAGUGUUGUCGCACUUGGCGGUUAUGAAAUAAUUUAAAUAACGAGAAUAUUAUGUAUGUUUACACGUGGUUUUGCGAGCGACAUUAAAGAAGCAUUCCGUGUGAUUGACCAACCUGUAGAUACUUCAGUUUGCUCACCAUUGCAUGCUGUAGAGAAUCGAGGCGGUUGUAGAUUUCAAAGCGUGUGUGUGAGACUGUGUUGUGGAGGCCCCUCCCACUGCUGACCUCAUAUCACCGGGUUGUUGUUGUUGUUACCUCAUUGGACGAGAACGUUGGCCCCUAAUGUGACCCCCCCGCUGUAAAAUGUGUCAACAAGGCCCGAGACUUCGUCCCAAUAAAGAUGUUCUAAAUAUUCAA